AUGGAAAAAUCCGCCGUCAACAUGAUGGGAGUUCCAUUAUGUAAGGAGCCGCACCCAAGUAAUACCCACGCACCUGUUCCAACAGAAACUCCACAGGAGAAACCCGAGGCAGAUAAAUACCUAAACCAGCACCAAGCUUCCACGCAGUGUGAAGAGAUAGAACAAAACUUGUUUUCAAAAAGAUAUUGUAGGAUACAUCCCUCAAAGCUAGAGGAUCUGCUCUGUAAAGAAUGUCAGACACCGGUUUGUUCACAAUGUAUCACACAUGGACUUCAUCAGAAUCACCAUUUCUUGAACUUAGAGUUGACUUUCUACGAAGCUUUAGAAAAAUGCCACUAUGCUGUGCUUAUCCUUGAAAGCACCCGUAUCCCAAAGUCGCAGAGAAAAAUUGAAGAGAUAAAAGAUCACGAGGAAACCAUGAAUAGAAGAAUUGAAAACACGCGUUCCUCUAUGAAAGAAUGCGCGACAGCAAUAAAGAAAAUGGUGGACGACAUAGAAAAUGAUCUAUCAAAGAAAAUUGAUUCUCUGAAGACAUCUAUGACAGAGGGGUUUCAGGAACAACAGAAAAUAAUGAAGACUUAUUUAUCUGAUCUCAAACAAGCCCGCGAUGAGUAUAAGCAUCAGAUAGAGGCUAACGAGCCAAGAAGUCUGAUUUCGUAUCACAACCUAGGAAAACUGGCACAGUUAGAGAUCGAACCGAAACUGCCAGUCAUUCAGAGCUGUGAAUUCAUUCCAGGUCAGAUGAAACUGAAUGGCAUCGAAAACUUUUUUGGAAGACUAAAGAUUGGCUCUGAGGAUAGCAACGCUGACCUGCUCUCUAUUUUAGACGAAGAUUUGUUCAUGGAAGAAAAGCCAAUGCCCACUUUCAUCAUGGUCGGCGAAAUUCCACUGACCAAACUUGGCUUAAAUUGCUGUUAUCAUAUUUCAGGCCAUACAUCCGGAUAUCUAUGGAUGAGCGACGAUAUGGGAAACAUUGUCAAAUCUGACAUGAAAGGAAACCCACUUCUUAAAAUGGCCACACCUAACUCUGUAGACGGCUACCACAGCGUAUCAAGCGACGGGGAUUUAUUAUAUGCUGAAAAAGACAAAUGCGACAUUGUUAAAGUAAGCCGUGGAGGGGCUGUAGAGACGUUCAUAAAUACUGACGCUUGGGAACCAGUAGGCAUCUUUUGCUCAAAAAUAAACGAUGACGUCAUUGUUGGAUUGCGUAGAGACAAAGAAGCGAUGGUGACUAAAUACGACAAAUAUGGAAUGAAGCUUAAAGAUUAUCACAGAGGCAAAGAGGGAAACCUCUUCCAAUGGCCUCAUUUUGUAACAGAAAACAAAAAUGGAGAUAUCUGUGUGUCGGACUUUGGCAGGGAAUCCCUUAUUGUUGUGAAGACAACAGGAAACAUACGCUGUGUGUACAAAGGAAAGAAGAAUCAAUCAAGCUUCCUACCAUACGGCGUAUGCACAGAUUCAUCCGGGCGUAUCUACGUCGCAAAUGGGGAUUCUUUUGACACUGAAAAUUGCAGUAUCCAUGUCCUGGAUCAAACGGGCCACUUCCUUUUCUUCUUUGUCUGCUCCCCGGAGCUGACCUGUCCCGCGGGUAUUUGGGUGGAUGAGGACGGGAAAAUUUACUGUGGCAGCCAUUCCUCUCUGUCCAAAUCAGUCUGCGUCUACCGAUAUAUUGGGCAAGGAAAAGGCAAUAGAAAUACUAGUAUAUUAGAAGAAAUGGAUUAGCAAAUUAUAACAUACUUUAAAUAGCAUACAUUUAAACACCCAAGAAAAUAAUCGCCCAAAUUUUAAAACUCAAACAGGACACGGUGUAUGCAUAAUUGCCAAUAAUUUAUGCAAAAAGGAAUUUUAAAUGUACAAUUUGUCGGCACUCAAUAUGAUUGAUCUAUAAUUUAAUUCUGGUUGUAACACUGUAUUUGAUUGGAUAAAAAAUUUACUUCAUAUCGUAUAAAAUGGGUUGCCUACGUCACAAUCAAAACGUAUCAAUCCGCCUGACGUUACAUUCAAAUUUUGUACAAUUUGAAGUCAUUUUGUCAGAACAAUAUUCUUUUUUUCUUACAUCAAAUGAAUGAAAAUUAAAUUAUAAGCAAUGAAUUUAAUAGCUACCCAUUUUAUACG